AGCUGUCAGUUGGCAAUUACUGCCAUUGGGUUGAUUCCCGUAAUUUGGCCUUUUGUUCUCGUAUUUAUCCCUUUUGUCACCGUUCCGCGACUCCAUUUCACAACUCACCUAUUUGAUGAGAAGUCGAAGAGUCCCCUGUCCCAGAAAUGAGCCACCAAGGACACGUGAACGCCGUGUUCAACGCCGAUUUAGAUCGGAUAGAAGUGGCUCACUCGUCAACAAGUGAUCUCCACUCGACAGGAAGUCAGAGUUUCCUCACAGAUUCCCACACAAAUUUUCGAUUCACGCGAGCAGAAUCGCCAGAUGGAAGCCGUGUGGGAACGCCGAGUAAUAUGGUCCGUAGGUGGUCGCAAAACCUGUCGAAGUUUGGAAAAGGAAAAAAGUCGAUCCGCGAGAAGACUAUCUACAGGUUGCCAUCCAGGAAAAUCUUCCAGGUGGAUGGCCAGCUCCUCGCCCAGAGUGACCUCGAAGUGGACGACCUGGCAAACGAAAUCGAACAGCAUGAGUACUUGAUGCAAGACAGUGUGACCGGCGAACAACUGAGGAUGGACACGAUUCGCGCACUCCCGCACUCUCUGGCCACCAAGAGGCAGAUCAAGGAGCGGCUUUCGGUCAGCAUCACGCAACACGCUCAACAGGAGACGUCGACCGUCUUCAAGCGUACAAAGAACAAGACCAUGAAGGCUGUGGUUCACUUCUGGAACAACGCGACGAGUUUCAUUGGCGGAUUGGAGCUCUGGUAUGGGUCCAUGAAGCAGAUCGAGGGCCACUUUGGCAGUGGCGUGGGCACUUACUUCGUAUUCCUACGUUGGCUCUUCUUACUGAAUCUCUACUUGCUUUUAUUCACAUUCGCUUUCAUCACUUUACCACAAAUCACGUAUAAUGCAAUCGAGAAAGAGGAAAGUACUUUGGGAAACACCAGUUCCGAUAGAGUGUGGGAUGUCCUAACCGGAGAGGGCUUCAUGAAACACUCGAUCCUCUUCUACGGCGCCUACGCAAAUGAAACGUUCAAGAUAACGCCCCCAAAAUACUACAGCCUCCCACACGCGUAUUUUAUGACCAUGUUGUGCCUCUACAUCUCAACGUUUGUCAUCAUAUCAAGCAGCAUGGCACGAUCAUAUCGGCGCAGUUUCAUUGAAACCUCGGGCGGAAUACGCCACAUGUACACACAUAAAAUCUUCUGCGCGUGGGAUUUUGGCAUAUCAAACUCGAAAGCGGCUCAACUGAAACAUUUAAGUAUCGCGAACGAACUGAGGGAAAUCCUUCAAAUGAUCAACAACACCGAAAUUAAGUUGACGAAACUGCAACGGUUUUGGAUAGCAUGCACACGGACGACAGCUCAUCUAUUGGUUUUCGGGAUGAUUAUCGGAUUAGGUGUCGGAAUGUGGAUGCUAUUGCAGGAACUCGCUAACGAAGGUGAUACUUCUACGUGGACCACACUUUAUCUUCCUCUCUCCGUUAAUAUAACAAUGAUAAUUCUGCAGAAUGUUUUCUCCUGGAUAGCGCACAUGGAGGAUUACAACACACCACAAAGAACUCUUCAUGUAACUUUAUUCCGCAAUUUCCUAUUAGAGGCUGUGAUAGUGGGAGUUCUUGUUUAUUUCUGGCUGCAAAAAGCCCACUCCGAGUGCUGGGAAACAUCAAUUGGUCAAGAAAUUUAUCGGUUGAUCCUGAUGGAUUUCAUUAUUUCUAUUCUAGGUACAUCUGCCGUCCAAGCCUGCCAAGGGUUGUUGAAUCUCAAAUAUCCAGAAUUUAUUCAAGUUCCCGAGUUCGACAUUUCACGAAAAAGUUUGGGAUUAGUUUAUAAUCAAACCCUUCUAUGGGUUGGUUUGUUGUUUGCUCCAAUGAUAGCUCUUGUUGUGACUAUUAAGAUGAUUCUCACAUUUUACAUUAAGAAGCUAACACUAAUCUACUUCUGCAAAACUCCAAAGCAUGUAUGGCGUUCAGCUCAAACUCAAACGCUUUAUCUGGUAUUCUCAUUUCUGUCGUUGCUGGGAGUGAUCGUUGCUCAUGGAUAUAUUAUGACACAAGUUCCAGUAAGCAAAACUUGCGGUCCAUUCCGUAACAAACACUACAUGUUCCAAAUAUUCAUCGAAGGCGUUCUUGCAUUGCGUGCCAACCAUUGGGUUUGGCGAUUGAUUAUGCUCCUUGCCCGUCCAGCUGUCAUGGGUGGAAUUCUGCUGACUAUGAGUGUUUUAGUCUACUAUCUGCGCUCCAAGUCAAAAGCACGUAUCGGCAUGGUAAAGCUUUUGAAGGAAAUGCUCUACAUGGAAGCGAAAGACAAGGAGUUCUUGCUAUCCUGCAUUACUCGGAUUACACAGGAUAAGGAGUGGCUCUUCGAAGAUGAACAGGUGAAAGAUGAAAGACGUGGCAGGCACAACUAUGCAGAAUCGAGCUCAACGUGGAAAUAUGAAAGACCUUUACGAAAUGGUGCUACCAUCCGUAGCCGACGCAUAUAGAAUCGCUUUUUUCUGUUGAGUAAUUAGUAAUCAGUAUUACUAGGGAAACUAUCUUUAGAAUAUUAGAAAAUUGGUUUUACAUGUUUCUCGGUUUUUAACGACACUUAGUACAAUAUUUAUUUGUAUACUUAUUUAGAUGAAAAUAUCAUUUUAUCAUUUUUAAAUAUAACUACUAAACAAAA